UCAGCAUGAUCCUGCUUGUAUUGAGUGUGUUGUGUAGGUUUCUGGGUAUGUGUGCAUUUGCUUUCAUGAAAGCCUGACUGCAAAAAGAAUGUCGAGCAAACUGAGCUGUGGCGAGAACGACCGCUAUGCGGCAGCCCUUCACAGGACAUUCAGUGUUAGAAACGGAAGUCGUCUUCAUAUUAUCGAGGAAGAUUCGCCCGGGAACUUUGACGCUGUCGUAGACCCUUCAACUUUAUCUUAGAUCGUAUAUAUCCCCUGUUGGUGUGGGUGUGGUCGGUCGGUGGUCCAGCUGUCAUGGAGGGCCGAUUCGCUCACCUGCUGCAGCCUAUCAGGGAGCUAAUCAAAAACUGGGACAUGGACCUGGCGGCGGAGCUCAACGACUACCUGGAAGAGCUGGACGAUAUGUGCAUUACGCUGGACGAAGGGGAAACCCAACUCAACUUUGCGGAGGCGGCACUGCUGAUUCAAGGUUCUGCCUGCAUCUACAGCAAGAAGGUGGAGAUGCUGCAUAAUCUGGUCUUUCAAACAUUGGACUACAUUCGAGACAGGAAGAACAAGCAAAGCAAAGAAGCGGUUGGGCGUGAGGAUGUCGGCACAACAGCGGUGCACGGGCACAAUGCUGACGACGACGACUUUUGCGAACUGGACAUUAAAACAACUGACUGGGUGGACAAGCCGGAAGCCAACGCGCGGGUGAAGGUGGUUCCUCUCCCUCCGGUAUCUCUGAUUCCUCCUGAAAGUCGAGACAAGCACAAGUAUCCUCUCAUCAGUGCCAAAGGUGAGGUGGUGUGUAGCCAAAAGGACUUUCGCAUCAAUAUUUUCCUGCCAGGACAUGAGGACUUGAUCGAUCUGAUGCUGCCCUCUGCCACGAGUACGCCUCGCCAGGAUGCUGUCAUGGCCGACGAUCACGAGAGCAUGGUUGACCUCCCCGAGCAGAGCUUUCUUCCUGCCGGCGCAGUGGAAGUGCAACAGGAAGUAGACGAGUACAUCGACAGACAGCAGGUCGGUCCAAGUCGAGAACAGCAGCAGGUUGUGUCCAUGGAUGCGGCGGCGCGCCCUGCUGUAUGGUGCCCAAACCCCCCCCUCCCUGUUUUCAACGUUCUGUUUCAACACAACUUGUGGCCACUUCAUGACCCGUACGCCACACUGGGAGCAGACACACCUUUCCAGCCAGGAAAGAACUUCAAGGUUCCGUCCGGUUUGGACGACAAAGGCAAGAGGAAGCGUCAGGCUGUGUCGCCCCUUCAGGACUUCAGGACCUGGUUCAAACAAAUAUAUGACCUUCCAGAACGCAAGCUCAGAGAGGGACCCGCCUGCAUCGACCUCGGCUACAUUCAUCGCCUCAGAAGAAAGCUGAGUCGUUUUAAGAGAACCAACAAGGAAGAAGUUGAAGAUCAUGCUUUAGAGGAGGACCUUCUGGAGCCUGAGGAAGCAGAGACCCAAGAAAAGCGCCAGGAUCGUAUGGAUGGACUCGGGGAGCGCGACCUUCUGGAUGCAGAUGAAGACAACAUGGAGCAGGAAGCGUUUGCGGCAGGAGAUGACGUGUCUGGAGAAGCUGAGCUGACUUACGAGGAGUUGGUCAAGCUGCGAGUGGAGCAGAUGAUGGGGAACUGUCGAGAAUACACACAAGAGACUGCCUUGUCCCACCGUGUCCAAAAGUGGGAGGAGCAGAUCCGUCCCAAGCUCCUUUGGCAGGAGGCGCGUGCACCAUUAGACAUCCAUGAGUACAGUAGCAAGAUUGUGUCAGCAUUGGGCGGCACAGGUCGGCGUCUUGCCUUCUCGUCCAUUGUGCACGGCUUGGACAGCACUGAAGCCUGCAGGUUCCUGCUGGCCUCCCUUCACCUGGCCAACGAGUACACGGUGGACAUCGACAGCGCGGCAAGUUUGGAGAAGAGCAUAGACUCGAUGGGCUUGACGCUGCUCAGCGGGCUUCCGAAAUAAAUAAAUAAAUAAACUACUUUGAUCGUCACCUGGAUACUGUGUUGAACUCUAAACUGCCCAAGUCCUCGCUCAUUUCAGCUUAAAAGCAGACUGCGUCAACAUCUUUGAAUUUGGAAAAAAGCAAAUGUCAGUUUUGAGGAUUUUUCUCAUGGACUUUGUGCAGAAAAAGAAUUGUCAGCAAUUGUCAGUAAUUGAUGUUUGUGCAUUUUAUGCAUUCUUACUGGAAAACCUUUGUUCACAAUAGAGCAAUGUAAACGCGUUGUGUUUCCGUAUGUUGGUGACUGGUGAGAGGAAAUAGACGUGAUGGCACUUCAGCUGCAGCUAGGCAUAUGCUGAAGUAGUCCUAAGUAGAGAUGUCCAUGUAGAUUUUGGUGCCAAUUGAUAACUGUUUUUGUUUAUUUUAAGCAAUAACAUUUACAAUGAAUUCCAAUGCAAUGGAGAAGUUGUGAUCUCUUCCUUCCAUGAUGUAGUCAGAUUGAUGUCAAAUCAAGCAGACUGCCCAAAAAGUGGCCAUCAGUAAGUGUUCCAAAAUACCGUUAAAGCUCUUCUGUUUUUUUUUUCCUGGGGGUAUGGUAACACUGACAGCAUUUUUUAAAUACAGUUCUAUCAUAUAAGUGCCAAUGUUGGGCUCGAUUUGCCCCCACUUCCCUUUAAAAAACCCCACUUCUAAUGAGUAAUAGGGCCACACCUGUGAUUUCUUUAUGCAUAAAUAUAUUGUUUAUUAUAAGGAGUUGUAUGCAGUGUAAAAUCUCCAUCCUUAGUCACCGGCUUUUUUCUAUAAGUAUUUUAUAUUUUGCCUUAGUGUUUUCUUAUACAAUUAAUAAAGCAUACGAAUUAUUGUA